AUGGGGCCCUCUCAGCUUGUUCGGGCCCCUCGGCCCCGGGGCAUGAGUUCACCCUAUCGAAGGCCAGGUAUGGGUGGGCCCCAGCGCCGGUGUCCCAGGAUGUUCAAGCGUAGUCGCAGAACGUACCAGCAGAAACUCCGAAGCCCAUUUACCACCAGUCUUGGCACUAUUGCCACAAACAUCAGUGACACCAACACUACCACCACCAGUGUGUGGAUCCUCUCACCUCAAGUUCUCAGACGCCUCUGUCAACCUGGGGGCUUUCUGAUCCUCUAGAAAUGCCCAGAAGCUUGGCUUGCACUGGACCUGCUGCUCUAGGAGGCUGGGGGUGGUGAACAACAAAUAAAAUCAUU